AAUGAAGGACAAGAUUCUGCAGGAGGUCGAUUACAAUGAGAAAAUCGAGGGUGAUCCUAUUGAAUUAUUGAGACGCAUCAAUAAAUUUAUGACGACCAGUGAUGUGACAGACUGGGAACCCAUUACACUGUGGGAAGCACUACAGAAGUGGGUGAAUUGUCGUCAGAAAGGAAAUGAAACGGUGAUUGAAUACCGUAGACGAUUUGAAGAAUGCGCAACUACAGUAUUAUCUUUCAUGGGUGAUUCGUGGCUUGAUGUGUUUGCCUCAAAAACGACCGCAUAUCAUGAGAUUGAAAACAAUCAUCCGACUAAUGGCUUGUCGGAUAGAGAAAAGAAGCGAGUUGCCGCAGAAGUUGAAGCACUUCAAGAAGAAUUUCAGGAAGAGUUUCCGGUACUUGAUCAUUUUGUUACUGCAUACGCUGUGGAGCACGUGGAUUAUGCUCAGCGAUAUUUGUUCCCAAGAGAUGUGGAAACUGCGGCCAAGGCGCUACACAAUCAUCGGGUAAAGAAAACAACAACACUGAAACAUAACAACAACAACAACAACAACAACAACAACAACACAGAUGAUAAAGCGAACACACCACAGAACGGUACUAACCUUGCACAGGAUUACAACAAGGGGAGUAAGCGUAAAUGUUUUUGCUGUGGUAAGGCGGAUCAUGUUGCACCGCAAUGUGAACAUCGAUUCCGACCCAAGGAACAAUGGAAAGAUCCGACAAAAUGGAGAUCGUAUCCCAGGAAUGAAUCGGGACGCGAACAGGUACACCUGCAGACAAGCACCGAUGAGGGAUCUGUGCAGUCAAGUGUGACAGCUAACACCGCAGGUACACCCGCCAACAAUGAUCAUGGCAUUUCUCAGCAGAACCAUAUGCAGACUGGUUCGGCUGACAGGAGUGGUGGACCACAGCCUCGAAAGCAAAAGAUUGGCAUUCAGGGGUGGAAUAUGGCUCAGUUUGGCGGACGUAAGAGAGUACCGCAGCCUAUUUUAAGACCUUCAAGAUUUGGGAAGUCACCACCACACGACAUAAUGGCAAACUGGCAGGUACAAUUGGAUGCUGUCAGAGCAGCCGAAAAAGACGUCAGUGUUGCAAGUACACAGAGCACAGGUUGGUAG